AAAAAUAUGACGGACGAGAAGAAGAAUCAGGCUAAAAAAUUAAUGAAGGAAUUGGAUUCAAUUGACGAGCAAAUUUUUGACAAUGAAUUAGUUCUUAAAGAGAAUAAUAUUGGAAUGAAUGAACCUUUAGUUGAUGACCAAGACUUUCCACUUUCUGGAAUCGACAUUUAUGCGGUCACUUCUGCUAGAGGAAAUAUUAGACGUUUACAAAAUGAUCGAACUGAAAAAAUGGCAGAAAUUGACAGAAUUAUUGUUGCUAUACACAACCAAACUUCACAGAAUGGAAAUUCGGGACAGAAUAAUGAGGGAGAGCCAAGUGUGCAUCGUACAAGUAAUAAACCUAUUGUGCAAGUGGAUAAAGUGUCGCCAAAUUCGCCAGCACAAAAAGCGGGUUUGCGUGAAGGCGAUUUAAUUAUUCAAUUUGGUAAUUUGCAUGCGGAUGUGUUCAACAAAUUGGAUCAAUUGAAGGAAGUUGUGAAUAAUUCGAAAAAUAAACCAAUCCGAAUAACUUUAUUGCGUGGUGUGAAGGUUUUUCGUUUAGUAUUAACUCCUCAAGUUUGGGAUGGUAUUGGACUUGUUGGUUGCCAAUUUAUUGCUACAGAAAAUAAUUAA